UUUAAAAUUCCAGAUAAAAUUAGGGUAUUCCUUGGUCGUUGGUCAUAGACGUCGAGCAGUAAACUAUCGUCAAACAUCUCCUAGAAGGGUGACGCUUUUGAUUGCAUCUCGCAGGAAUAUAAAAGCUAGUGCUUCUCUUUGUGUGUCGUAUGUCCAUCCAGAAUCUCACCACAUUUGAUCCCUUUGCGGACGCAAACAAGGGUGCUGACGAAGGUGUUCAGGAUGGUUUUGUCCACAUAAGAAUUCAGCAACGAAACGGACGCAAAACCCUGACCACAGUGCAAGGUCUUUCUGCAGAGUAUGAUUUGAAGAAAAUUGUUCGUGCCUGCAAAAAGGAAUUUGCUUGCAAUGGCACUGUGAUCGAGCACCCCGAGUACGGCGAGGUGUUGCAGCUGCAGGGCGACCAACGCGAAAACAUCUGCCAGUGGCUGACGCGGUGCGGGCUGGCCAAGUCAGACCAGUUGAAGGUGCACGGCUUCUAAGGACGACGCGGCCGACAUGCGAAUCCACUGCAGCAGCUGACAUGUAUUUGGGCGCCAUCGAUGUCUUUAGAGAGAGAGUGUGUCUAAUGGACUCAGGAGCUAUUUUUGUAAGCCGACACCGCACCUAGCUCUGGAUCAACCAUUGAUUUGCCCCGGAACACACAAUUGCAGAACCACAAUAUGUAUUACAACCCGAGUGCCUCUCUGCUCAGUGGAUCAUCCAACUCAAAUCACACACAACACUUUCAACCACAAACAAAUAUUAAUAACUCAAUUAAGAUGGCGAGAUUUUGUAAACAAAAGAAUUUUGAUUUCCAACGGUUGACUUUUGUUCUGAUGUUGCGGGCAGAACAGUAUGUUUAAAUUAAACUUAAAAUAAAAUUUGGUCACACAUUA